GUUCCGUUCUUCAUAUCUUUCAUCUCGUCUCGUUUGUUGCCUUGCCUCUCCCGAGCUGUGCUCUUUCUGUUACAAAAUAGCGCAUAUAAACGUGUGAAGUGACCGGCCACAUCCACCGACCUGACCACGCAUUUCCAGCUCAUGAUGAAAAUGGACGGCUGGCGAGACCACCUCCACUUCGCGUUCCUCGGCGAGCACGUCCUACUCCCCAACCUUCACCUUGACUCCUUUUCCAAGUUCACCGUCGCGUCGUUUCUCACCGUCUUUGUCUGUCUCACUGAAAGGUUGAUCACGCAUGCGAUUGCGAAACACUGGGGCCCCGCGCGCGUACGCCGCUCGCGCUUCCGCAAUGCGCUCUGGCGGGCCGUCUUGUACUGGCUCGUCACGUUUGCCAGAUUGAUGUACAUGCUAAUUGCCAUGACAUUCAGUGUGGGCUUGAUCGUUAUAACAGUUACGACACUUUCCUUCGGCCAGUUCAUCAUCGAAUACCUCGACUCAGCUUCACACAACCACCCGCCAGACACUGAGGACUUCAAAGAGCCGCUCCUCCCCACGCAUAAUUACCUCUCCGGGCCAAGUUCGCCGCCCUCACCCCCAUCCUACCCUCCCUCUGCAGCAGCGCCACAGCCAGCACCGCGGCCACACCUCUACCGUCCCGCGCAGGCUGAAAGCCAGAGUCAGAACAACUAUCCCUACGCCACGCGCCCCCAUACGCGACGCACGCGCUCGAAGCCGGAGAACCUCAACCUGUACAUUCACCCGAGCGAAUCGAAUAUUGCGCGUGCCGACGCUGCAGUGCACGAGCUUGGGUUGUACAGCAGUGGCUCAGAGAUCGACUAUGAGGAUGAGGAUAUGCAGGCGCGCGCGCACGAGCCUGGCGAGGGGUGGGAGCAUGGCACUGGACGCGAGGUCGCGCGCGAGCUCAUGGGGAAGUACUAGAGUCGUGGAGUGUCUUGACCACCGUGCAGGUGGUCCGCUAGUUGUUCGUAGAUAUAGGAUAGGCCGUAGUGUACGUUGUAGCAUAUUAGUCUCCGUGGUUGAUACCCGCCGCGGCGAGCGAGCCUCCCGCCCCCCAGUCUAGCUGUCGCGCAUCUGUAUGCUCUU